AUGAAUACAUCAAGCCUUAAUGAGACUAAUCUUUUAACAAACCUGUCCUUCGACACAAACUUUUCUGACAAUUCCUCGGCAUAUUAUGACAGUAAUGAAGACAUCUUGCAAACACUGUUCUUGCCGAUAGUCGUGUGUAGUGGCAUCAUUGGGAUAGUGCUUACUGUGAUCGUGUUGAGCAGGAAGACCAUGUGUACAUCGACCAACUGUUACCUGACAUCUUUGGCAGUUGCUGAUCUGUUGUUCUUGCUCAUAAUGUCCGUGCAGAUACUCUUUGACAAUGCCAAAAAUCCUCUCAGCAUCUCGGAACAAAUUGACGAGAUUUUACACCACUACUUAACAAUUCUCAUGAACACUUUUCACGCGUCAGUGUGGGUGACAGUGAUGCUUGCCGUGGAACGUUACAUAGCAAUCUGCCAUCCUCUCCGAGCCAUGGCAAUCUGCACUAUUAAGAGGGCAAGGAUCGUCAUCAUCAGCCUCUUUAUUAUAGCAUUCUUGAUUCGAAUUCCAAAAUUUUUUGAUUUCCGAUUUGACGUCAUUAAAAAAGCUGGCAUUUGGUAUUUGACAUAUCAGACAGUGUACAACCAGGCCUGGUACUCGCUGAUUGUGGAUGGAUUCUUCGCUGCCAUACUACCAUUCAUUGCUCUUCUUGUGCUCAACGUUCGACUUAUUGUAGAAAUCCGCCGAUCGAGUCGCUACCUCCGAUACCAUCUGGCAGCAGAUUCGUCGAUCCAGUCAGUUAUAUCCAGUGAGCAGCUUAAAAUCACUCUGAUGCUCAUCAGUAUCAUCGUCGCCUUCUUCCUCUGCCAGAGCCCCUUUGUCGUGUACAAUGCCAUCAUUGCUUUCAACAAGUUCCGCCUGUCAGCCAGCCCGCAGUCAUUUGAGUGGUAUCAGUCGUUUACCAAGAUUCUUGUUGCACUCAAGUCGUCCUGUAACUUUGUCCUGUAUUGCUGGUUCAGUGAGAAGUUCUGGAAUACCUUCAAGAGGAUCUUCUGUCUCCAGUACUGCUUGCCCAAGCAGAUGCCGAAGGGUGCCCACGCCAACAGCCACAACAACAUGCAUCGUCCCUCCUACAUGGUGACCCGGGAGACUACAUGUUAG